UCUCAAGACUGUCACGAUGAAUCCAAAACCAGACCUCGAAAAGAGUAACACUAACGAUGGCUCAGAAGUACGGGCUGAGCCCAUCCUCGCAACGGGCUCUGGCCUGCAGCGUCGACUGGGAAACCGCCAGAUCCAAUUAAUCGCCAUUGGAGGCUCAAUCGGUACGGCGACCUUCGUCUCUAUCGGCGGCGGCCUGGCCAAGGGCGGUUCAGGAUCUCUUCUGAUCUCUUGGUUCAUCCACUGCUGUUUUCUGGCGAUGGUCAAUAACUGCCUGACGGAGAUGUCCGUAUACCAGCCGGUCGAGGGAGGGUUUAUCCGCUUGGCCGGUAAAUGGGUCGAUGAUGCCUGGGGUUUCAUGGCUGGCUGGAACUUCUUCUUGUACGAGGCGCUGCUGAUCCCGUUCGAGAUUACGGCCAUCAAUGUGGUCUUGACCUACUGGAGGGACGAUAUUCCCGUGUGGAGUAUUUGUUUAGCAUGUGUUAUAAUCUAUGGGCUUUUGAAUAUCCUCGCCGUCCGGGCAUACGGAGAAGCCGAGUUCUGGCUCUCCGGCGGAAAAGUGAUCCUCAUCCUCAUGCUCUUCGCGUUUACGUUCGUCACCAUGGUCGGCGGGAACCCGCAGCACGACGUAUACGGGUUUAGGAACUGGAACAAGCCCGGCGCAUUCGCCGAAUACCUCAGCCACGGUAACCUUGGUCGUUUUGAGGGUUUCCUCGCCUGCCUCUGGUCUGCCGGGUUUGCCUGCGUCGGACCCGAGUAUAUCUCCAUGGUGGCAGCGGAGGCCAAACACCCUCGCAGAUACAUUAGAGCGGCCUUCCAGACCGUGUAUUUCCGAUUCAUUGUGUUCUUCAUAGGCUCGGCCCUUUGCUGCGGUAUUGUCGUCUCCUAUGCGGAUCCCACCCUACGCGCCAUCCAUUUCGGUGACGGUGAAGGCUCCGGCACCGCCGCCGCCUCGCCCUAUGUAAUAGCCAUGAAAAACAUGUCUAUCGAAGGCCUACCGCAUGUCGUCAACGCCCUCCUGAUCACCUCCAUUUUCAGCGCCGGAAACACCUACACCUAUACAGCGACCCGUAUCCUGCAUUCCCUAGCCCUAGAAGGCCGAGCCCCACGCAUCCUCCGCAAGUGUACCAAGCAGGGCGUCCCUAUCUACUGCUUCCUUGUUGUAAUGAUCUUCCCGUUUUUGUCCUUCCUCCAAAUGGGCGACAGUUCCUCCACGGUCCUCACCUGGCUCACAAACAUCAUCACGGCUGCCGGUCUUAUCAACUACGUCAUCAUCACCCUUACGUACAUCUUCUUCUACCGUGCGACUGUUGCCCAAGGAUUCGACCGCUCCACGCUCCCUUACACUGGUUGGUUCCAGCCGUACUGCGGCUACCUCGGCUUUGCGUGGAUGUUUACCGUGGUCUGCUGUUUCGGCUACGAGAGUUUCACCCCCUGGAGUGUAGAGACCUUCUUCACCAACUACACGAUGGUCCUUCUUGCGCCGGUCCUGUUUCUGGGCUGGAAAUUGGUGAAACGGACCAGAUUUGUCACACCGCUUGAGACAGAUCUGAUCUGGGAGGCGCCUGAGAUUGAUCUGUACGAGGAGGAGCUCAGUGUGGUUGAGCCAUCGGUGAGCUUCUGGCAGGAGAUGUCGGGGUCUCUUAAAUGGAAGAGGAAGUAG